AUGCUCAGGGGAUCACGAGGAUGCUCGGUGCCCAAUCCCACUCCCUGUCUCUUGCAGAGCACGUCCCUGCGGUGCUACCGGCUGGAGCUGUGGGCUCUGGUGGCCGUGGGGCUCCUGGGGCUCUGCUACCUGCUCUACCAUGACUCCCCUCGGCUCAGCCCUCUGCCCACCCCAGCCCCGUGUGUGGCCAACACCUCAGUCCACACCAUCUCUGGCUUUGCCGAUCUGCCCGGCCACCUGCAGGACUUCCUGCGGUACCGGCACUGCCGCUCCUUCCCGCAGCUGCUCGGUGUCCCUGGCAAGUGCGGGGGGCCUGAGGGGUCCCCCAACAUCUUCCUUCUCUUGGCCAUCAAGUCAUCGCCGGUGAAGUACGUGCGGUGGGAGGUGAUCUGCAAGACCUGGGGGCAGGAGAGGACCUUUGGAGCCUCCAUCCGCAGGGUCUUCCUUGUGGGGGUGGCCCGGGAUGCCAAGGAGCUCAACCAGCUGCUGCAGCUGGAGCAAGGGGAACACGGGGACGUGCUGCGGUGGGACUUCAGGGACACUUUCUUCAACCUGACCCUUGGGGUCCUGUUCCACGCCCGGCUGGAGCAGCACUGCCCCGGCGUCCGCUUCGUCUUCAACGGGGACGACGAUGUUUUCGUCACCACGGACAACGUGAUCCUCUUCGCCACGGGCACCCAGGGCCAGCACCUCAUGGUGGGAAACCUCGUGGUCAACAACGGCCCCAUCCGGCUCCGGCGCAGCAAAUACUUCGUGCCCAGGCAGCUCCUGGUCUCUGAGAGGUACCCGCCCUACUGCUGCGGCGGCGGGACGCUCGUGUCCCGCUUCACCGCCCGCGCCAUCUCCCGGGAAUCGCGGGAUAUCCAGCUCUUCCCCAUCGACGACGUUUACCUGGGGAUGUGCUUGGAGAAGGCAGGGCUGCUGCCCGCUUCCCACGCGGGUGUCCGGGCGCUGGGCGCGGGGGUGCCGCCCAACGCCGACCCCUUCGGUCCCUGCUGCUACCGGGAGCUGCUGCUGGUGCACGGCUCCGCGCCCCGCGAGCCGGCGCUGAUGUGGUGGGCGCUGCACCAGCCGGGGCUGCGCUGCGGCAGGACCCUGAGUGUCUUCUGGGGUGGCUGA